AAUCGUAAUAGCUGAGUAUCGGGUUCUGUCUAGGGGAAAUGGUUUCAUUGUUUCUAAUUUUAUUGAAAGUAAGAAAAAAUGGGAAUCUAAGCAACAUUAUACAUUUUAAGCGAUCAGUUACUUUAGAUAUAUUUUUGUAAAAUGUUUUGUAUAGAGUCAUUUAACAAAAAAUGUCUAAUUAAUGACUUGUCAACCAAUCAUAUGUUACGCUAAUUAGUGAUGUCAGUGUUUGUUUAUUAUUUACAACUUUAGAAAUACAUACUUAAUUUGCAUUCAAAAUGAAUCUACCUGGAACUACUGGAGAGUCUUCGUGUAAACGACAAGAAAAUGGCGACGGUACAAUAGAACCUGAUCGCCCACUAAAGAAAGCUCGUUUUGCAUGGCAAGUAAAAGGAAAAUAUCAUUUGAAAAAUGAAAAUACUGACUCAAAGCCCUCCAGCACUAUUAAGGAAAUUGAUAAACCCAGUUCUUCGUCGGAUACUAAUAGUCAACGCAGUAACCUAGUCGGAAAUACAGAACAAAAUCUUGAAAUAUUGGGAGAUUACUUAUUAAAACAAGAUUUCAAUACACUUGAUUCUGUUACCGACACUGAAAAAAUUUUACCGCCUAGCACAUCUAAUGAUAAGAUUUCAUAUCCAAGAUAUAUAAGUUCCUGCGAAAGUUCAUCUCAAGGUAACAGAAGUAGCAGUGUUGACAAUUUACAAACACCUAUGUCACUAGUACACUCUAAUAAUUAUACAGAGGAUCAGUGUAUUGCUCGAUGGCAAGCAAGACAAAUGGCCAAAUGCUUUGUAGAUAAUACCAUAAAUCGAGUUUUGGAUAAUUGGAUGAUUGCGCCUCUGCCUACUGAUAUGGAUAACAAUAGAUUUUUAGCUUUAGAUGUUGCAGAAUUUAUAAAUAAUUUACCUGGUGAUAAUACAAUUGAAAAUGAAGGAAUUCUCAUGGCAAUUUCUGCACACGGUCUGCAAAAUACAUCAAGUACAAGUAGUAGUAACAAUAAUGGAAAUAAAAUAAGUACAAAUUAUAAUAAGGAUAUCACCAUCUCACCUUCUAGUAGUCCAAUCCAAUCUGAUGAUGAAAUAUCUCCUACCCCCAGUGAUAGCAUCAAGAUUAAUGAACCAGGUUCCUCUAGUGAACUAGAUAUGUCUUGGUCCUUCGAAGAAGAAUCAAAGCAGUGUGACGCUAAUGAUUUGCAAUUAACCUUCUUCCCUGAUAGAUCAAGUACAUAUAAAUAUUAUGGUGAAAAUGAUCCUUUGGAAAAUUCUGGUAUUGAUUGUGAUGGCGACGAGACACUUAAUGGUAAUGAUGAUAUGAUGGAUAAUUAUGAUUUCCUUGAUGCUGCAGUUACAUUUGCAAUACAAAAUAAAGGAUUGACAUCAUUUGGUACAGACUAUGGAUAAUAUGUAUAAAAAAAUUACUUAAAUUAACACUGAAUGAGUAUUUUAAAAUAAGUCAUUGUAUCAGAUAGUUAGGAAUGAUAGAAUAUAUGUUUAUAUACAAUUAAUAUUAAUUAACUACUGCCAGAAAAAGAAGUUGUUACCUAAUAAAAUUAACAUUAAGUACAUGCACUUUAUACUUGCAGUGUAAUGUGUUUAUUCAUUUUUUAAACUAGCAUAUACUUAAUUGUGGAGACUGAACAUAUUCUUUUGUAACAUUUUCUAGUUUUAAUUUAUGUGUCUAUUCUUAUUACAAAAUCAUAUAUGUACAUAUAAAAUAAAAUUUCACCAAUAUAUAUAUGCAUAAAUAUUAAAUUAUCGGGAAAUUGCUGUAGACUAGUCUAUUGCUUGAUCUGGAAUUUCGAAUACUAUAAAAAUACUUAUGAACAUUUUUGUAAUUAAAUACUCAUAUCAGAUCUAAAAAAAUACUGUUUAUUGUUGUACCUUACUACCAGAUUGUUUCUUUGUGUCAUCUGUGAACCAAUGUACAUAUUGGUUUAAAUUACACUGUAGUUUUAGUUACCACCAUGUAUGGCAUUUAUUUUUUACAAAUUAUUUUAGGCACAAUAUAUGGUUUUCAUUUAUGUCCAGGGACUUGUUUGUGCAAUGAUGGUAAUCGCAAAAACAGUAUAUACAAAUCGAAAUAUUUUUGCAAAUUUUUAAUUUAAUCAAAUAAAUUUAUUUUAACAAUUUUCGACAGGUUUUUUUUAUCUCAAGUGUACCUAAUCACAUUUAGUACAGUAUAUUGUUUGUCAAGUCGACUGGA